UUAGAAUUCCGGGGGAAGUGUAGUACAGCUUUGGCCGUGACGCUUCCCGAUGUUGGCUUCGACCUCGUGGAAUGCGACGUGACGAUGUCGGAGAACCUCGAACAGGUGCAUCCAUCUGCUUUUUCUACCUCGUAAUCGUUAUGAGGACGCGCUCCGUGCCCAUUUUACACUUCGAAAUCCUGUAAAACCCUAGAAAGGCAUGAACUCUGAGUUCAGGUGGGAGAAGAGCAUGAAGCGCUUGGAAAAGGAUAUUGCCGGGGAUAUGUCAAACGGUGAACUGAUGGUGAUGCAAGUCCGAAAAUGGCAACGCUGAGUGAAAUGCUGUUGUCAUGGCAGCUGUCGCACAUCAUCGUGUGGAGCUGCGUCGUGCUAUCCGCCAGCUCCGAGACCGUGGACUCUACUCUGCUGCGAAAUGGGCUGCCGAACAGCUUGUUGGGUUACCUGAGGAGACAGAGACAGAGAAACUUGCUUUGAAGAGACCGUUUAGAAGGAAAGAAGUUGCUGGUCAAUCUAGUUCUGGAGGAGUUAUUUCUUCUCGCGAUGACGAAGAAGAUGAUGAUGACGAUAUUCUCUCAUUGGCAAAGUCCUUUUUCGAUGUGCGAGAGUACAGGAGAGCUGCUCACGCUCUUCGCGGAGUUGCAGGCCAAAAGGCUGUCUUUUUGAGAUGCUACGCCACUUACCUGUAUGGCGAGAAGAGGAAGGAGGAAGAAAUUGUCGAACUUGCUGGACCCUUGGGAAGGAGUGAUGCUGUCAAUGAGGAGCUGGUUGCAUUGGAGCACGAGCUUUCAGCAUUGUACACCAAAGGAGUUUUGGAUGCCUUUGGGAGCUACUUGUACGGGGUGAUCUUACACGAACGGGAAAGAAAGGUGGAGGCACGCGCUGCCCUAUGUUCGUCUGUUAAUGCGUAUCCGUGGAACUGGAGCGCUUGGCUUGAGCUGCAAGCCCUGUGUACAGAUCCUGACAUUUUACCCCAACUGAACUUGAACGAUCAUUGGAUGCGUGACUUUUUUGUAGCUAGUGUACACUUAGACUUGCAUAGAAACUCGGAUGGGUUGGCCCGCUAUCGGGCUCUUCACGUUACAUUUCCUAGGAGUGACCACAUUUUGGCACAAACUGCGACUGCUCACUAUAAUCUACGUGAGUUUGAUGAAGCAGAGAGUCUCUUUGAGGAGCUUUUACGUACAGACCCGUUCAGAAUCGAGGGCCUAGAUACGUACUCUAACAUUUUGUAUGUGAAGGAAUGUUUUGCUGCUCUCAGUUUUCUUGCUCACAAAGCUGUACUUACUGAUAAAUAUCGUCCUGAGACAUGUUGUAUAAUCGGAAACUAUUACAGCUUGAAAGCCCAGCAUGAGAAAGCUGUCUUAUACUUCAAGAGAGCCUUGAAACUGAAUCGAAAGUAUUUGUCAGCAUGGACUCUUAUGGGACAUGAAUAUGUAGAGCUAAAAAAUACCCCUGCUGCUAUAGAUGCAUAUCGCAGAGCAGUAGAUAUCAAUCCUCGGGAUUACCGGGCGUGGUACGGGCUUGGCCAGACAUACGAACUGCUUGUCAUGCCUUACUAUGCUCUUUAUUACUAUCGGCGAGCAACUCAGCUGAGACCACAUGAUGCCCGCAUGUGGUGUGCAAUGGGGCAGUGCUACGAGAACGAACAGCUAUUGAUGCAUGAUGCAGCCAUCCGAUGUUACAGAAGAGCUGUAACGAACAAUGAUCGUGAAGGCAUUGCACUGCAUAAGCUAGCGAAGUUGCAUCAUCAAUUGGGACAAGCCGAUCAAGCUGCUUUUUAUUAUCAGAAAAAUCUGGAGCGAAUGGAGGCAGAUCAAAAUGAGGGCCAGGACAUAGUGGAGGCAUUACUUUUCUUGGCCACUCACUUUAAGAAUCAGAACAGGCUUGAAGAAGCUGAGCACUAUUGCACAAGACUGCUUGACUAUGGAGGCCCGGCCAAGGAAGACGCAAAGGCUUUGCUUAGAGAAAUCCGGAGUGUACAACAGCAUGCAGCAACCCUCCCCUCCAUGGAUUUGGAGCAAUUUACUCCAGAAUAGGUCAAUGUUUACUCGUUAAGGAGAUAGUGAAUAUAUUGUGUUGGUUUGUUCCUGGGGUUAAUUGUACCAUGUAAUUUGCCAACUCGAUGUGUCAAAUCACCUGUAGAAUGGGUUUUUGUCCAGGUGGGUUAGCUAGACCUCACCCUGAUUUGAAAAGAGUCUGUUUAUCACUUCUUCAUAUAGAUAGGGAGAUUUGCUGGGACUAAAAGCAGCCACCCACAGGCUUAUCAAUUGAAGGUCAGUUUCGUUCUUAGCUUUCUGAAGACUCAUUCUUAUAUUCAUGUCAUUGUGACCUCAGGAUCAGCUCGCUGAGUAUGGCAGGCCCAUUUUUCUGCUCCCCUGGCACUAAAGUGGUUCAUUGUAUGAUGAUCGUCCAAUUUUGAUCAUGGCUCCACCCUAGUGCUUGUAGACCUUUGCCUCUGCUGGCGAGAGUUUUGAAGGUCUGCGGUCUUGUGCAGAAACGGAAAGCCUUUGGCAUUACCUUCUUCUCGAAGGUUUUCGGUGAAUGAAGAUGACGUGCGAAUACAAGCACGAUCGAUGCUUUCAAGGACCCGGACAUAGAAUAUCUGUGGCAAAUAUUUUCAAGAGCAGGUCAAGGAAAGUUGAGAUUGCACGUCUGUGCUUCGCCUGUGUUUAAGAUCCUGGCAAUGUCAUAGAUGACUCAUUUGUCGAUGAAUCGAAACAAUUAUGCUUGUUCGUACACUAGAAAGUGCACGUCAGCGCCGUUCACCAAUACAACUGGCGAAACGCCGCCCGGAGUUCUUUCCCUUCAAAGCGAAUUGCGGAACAAGACUUUUGUUCCUAAGCACGUCAUGUAGAAGUGAAGGCGUACUCCAGCACACACCACAGACGAGACGACUUGGCACGACUCGUCUAGCCAAGUCGUGCUUCGACAAAAGCUAGAUCGUACUGGUUAGUAUAGUACGUGAGAUCUGACCAGAAGGGUGUAUUGAUCAGGUCGCAGUGAAGGGAGCACCUUGCCAAGAGAAUUCCCUUACCUGUGAUUGAUGUCAUCGUUCAAUUUGCAGGUUUACUUGAUUAAAACUCACAAAAGACAUCGGAGCAAAUAGC